GAGAGUGUGAGUUUAGAGUGUGGUUACUGUGGUCUCCUUCACUGUCUUUUGCAUGACUGAGAAAUGGACACACUUAGACAGUCAGCAGAAAGUACACAGAAGUGUCUGAAACUGUGGGCGUAGACUUGGUGAGAGUCUGUAAAACAUCAUCCGUUCUUCGAGGUAAAGCUGCUUGAGGACAGAGGCAGUGCACACUGUAACCAACCAUAAUUCAAACUGAACAAGGCUCUCAGGACCAGGAUGCAGAGACCUUACCUCAUUUUCAUGCUGGCAGUCAUUGUUCUUGGUGGUACCAUGUUGGCUGACAGCUUAAAUAUAAGACUUGUCAAUCCAAAUGGCGUCUGUUCUGGUAGAGUGGAAAUCUAUCAUAACGGCCAGUGGGGAACAGUAUGUGAUGAUAACUGGGACAUGAAUGAUGCAGCAGUGGUGUGCAGAGAGAUUGGAUGUGGCAGAGCGGUCAGCGCCCACCAGAGCGCCCACUUUGGUCAGGGAAGUGGCCCAAUACUUCUGGAUGAUGUUGGUUGUUCUGGAAGUGAAAGCUCCAUCACAGCAUGCAGUCAUAAUGGAUUUGGCACUCACAACUGUGGUCAUGGUGAAGACGCUGGUGUGACUUGCUCAGGUCCUGAUGAGAUCAGGCUGGUGAAUGGUGAGAGUCGCUGUUGUGGCAGAGUGGAAAUCCAGCACAACGGCCAGUGGGGAACAGUAUGUGAUGAUGACUGGGACAUCAAUGAUGCGGAGGUGGUGUGCAGAGAGAUGGGAUGUGGCAAAGCAGUCAGCGCACCACACAGUGCCCAUUUUGGUCAGGGAAGUGAACCAAUAUUGCUGGAUAAUGUUGGAUGUAGUGGCACUGAGAGCAACUUAACUCAAUGUUCACACAGAGGUUUUGGAACUCACAACUGUGGACAUCAAGAAGAUGCUGGAGUUGUUUGCUCAAUCCUACAGAGUCCCUCACUCACCCUGACCUCUUCUCACUCUGCUGUAUCUGCUGGAGAGGCUGUUCAGUUCAGAUGUGUCUCGCCGAGCCCAACCUGCAUCUCUGCAGAUUUUCGUUUGUACAGAAAUGGGCAAUCGAUAAAAUCCCAAACAGCUGAAUCUUCAACAACAUUUGUUUUGACUGUGGAUUCCUCACAUCAGGGUCAGUACAGCUGUGACUAUUCAUUCCAGGGAAGUAGCUCCAUCACAUCCUCCAGGAGCAGCUCCACAGACCUCACAGUGGUUACUCUACCCACUCCACGCAUCUCCCUCAGUCCCAUCAAAGAGGUCACAUGGGGAGAGAAGGUUGACAUCACCUGCUCUGUAGAAACCCAGUUCACAGGUGGAUCCUUCACUCUGAUACAGAACUCAGGAUCAAUUAGAGAGACCAAGAGUGGAACCUCCGUCACCUUCAGUUUACCAAAAGUGGACUUUGUUCAUGAGGGGUCUUACUACUGCCAGUACCAGACCAGAGUGUCCGGUCGUGAUUUCAGUUCUCCACAGAGCAGCUCUGUUUGUUUCUCUGUUGUAGUGAACUUGCUGCAGCCCAAUAUCUCCUUCAGUGCUCCUGAUGGAAGGUCCCAUUGGUGGCUUCAGGGGUCAGAGGUGACCAGGGGCUACAGCUUCUCCAUCAUCUGCUCCACCAAGCCACAGUAUCCAGGAGGCUCCUUCCACUUGGAGUUCAGUGGAUCCAAUAUCACCAGAACUCAGUCAGCUGUUAACCACUCAACCACCUUCUUCUAUCCAGAGGCAGAUUUUGUCCACCAGGGAAACUUCAGCUGUGUUUAUGAAGUCACUGUGUCUUCACGCACCUUUAGCUCUCCUACCACUGAACUCUUGGUUGUCUCUGUGAAAGGUGCCAGAAACACAUAUGGGAUCACCAAUAGAGGGAACGAGACAGACUGAUGAUGAUGACGAUGACUAUGAUGAUUAUGAAAAUACAGAAGUCACUGUCCAGAAAAUGGAUCAGAGAUCAGACCAGAGAGAGGAUUCAGACAUGUCUGACGAGGACUACAUUAACAUAGAUGAAGAAGCAGAGAAACUGGCCGUGGACAAUGACUAUGAGGAUGAACAAAUUUAUGCAAACACGGAUUAGUGUGGUAAACUAAACAAUUUCACGUGUGUCACUGUAAUUCAAAUGCACUUUAACUGCAUCAGGAUAAAAAUAGUCAAUGGUCAGUCAUUUUUUACAGUUAUUUAUAAAGAUGAGGAAGGGAGACCAGGGCUGCCUCAGUCUGUAAAAUUCAGUGCUUGUUUGCACAAUACUUUUCAAACAUUCAUACAACACGCCCUUAUUUGUCUGUAGCAAAUAGCAGUGAUAUACGAACACGCUUGAAUACUUAAAUACCAACAGUGAUAGAAAACAUGCCCACAAAGUGAUAUCUACCAGAGAAAUAAUUCAUAAAACAAAACAAAAGAACAGAUAUUUAAAGUGUUAUUAGUGUAAACAUUUAAUCACAUAACACUGUGUGCAAGUGUGGUGCUAAAGACCUAUUCUCACCCCUGUUACGUAAAUUACGUUUGAUAUUAAACUAUAUUUCACAUGUGAAACUACACAAGGUAUUUUGUCUGUUUGAAUCUUCAAUAUCUACAUUUAAGCCAGAGCUCAAAUGCUAAUGCUUAGUGCUAACAAAACAUAGGACUAAAUGAACAAAGCCUACAGUAAAUACUCUGUAAAUACUUUACAGUUCAUAAAAAAGUUGCAUGCAGUUUUGAUGUUAGCAAUUACUAGUAUUUCAUUAUUUUUAACCAAUUUUUAAUGCACUUUGUACAACAAUGAAUGGGGCUUUGGUAAUGUAUUUUUGGUAUUUGCUUAAAGCAGUUUUCUUCUUCUUCUUCUUCUUCUUCUUCUUCUAUUGAAAUCACAGUUUAUGUCUUCUUACACUGUGAUAAUGAUAUUCAACAAUUUUAUGAAACAUGAACUUUAUGAAUGUGUCUGCAUUACCAUUAAACACUGCACACACACACACACACACACACACAUUAUCUAUAUAUAUCUAUAAAUAAUCCCUGUAUAUGUAACAUGGCUGUGUCAUUUUUAUGGUUAUAUGUUUAUUUCAUAAAGCUUUGUAAUUUGUCUUUUAAAAAUAAAGUAUCUUUGGAAUCCCUGAAA